AUGCAUGCUGGGUUAAUAACAGGGCCAGGCUGGCAGGACGCCGCUGGGCUGAGACGCUGUGUCAUUAGCUCUCGGAGACAUGUCCAAAUACUUCCACUUCUCAUUGCCGUCUGCCGCCUCACUCUGGCCUUCCCCACACAAACUCCAUCAGCAUUUGAUGAUAUACGGCAGCUCCAGGUGAACAUCCCUCACUCAGGACCUGUCUCCACUUCACUGGGCAGCUCCAUCUCCAUCCCUUGCUUGGUGUCUCUGUCCUCUUCCUCCCCUGUUGCACCGCGGGUCAAGUGGACUGUGGUGUCUGGUGGUGUGGAGACGCAGAUCUUGGUAGCGAGAGGUCAAAGAGUAAAGGUCAACGAGGCAUACCGAGACCGAGCUGCCUGGCUCAACUACACCUCCUCCCCCGAUGAUCUGUCGCUGUGGUUGGGAGAUUUACGCUCCAGUGACUCUGGCCACUAUCGCUGUGAGGUGCAGCAAGGCCUGGAGGACGCCAGCGAUCUCGUACAACUCAAGGUCAAAGGUGUCGUAUUCCACUACAGGGAUGCUUUGGGUCGCUACGCGUUUUCCUUCCAUCAGGCGCAGAGGGCUUGUGAGGCCAUCGGGGCACAAAUCACGACUCCUGACCAGCUGCUGGCGGCUUAUUAUGACGGCUACGAGCAGUGUGAUGCGGGCUGGCUGGCAGACCAGUCUGUCAGGUACCCAAUCCAAGUGCCCCGUGAAGGUUGUUAUGGAGACAUGGAUGGCCAACCAGGCGUGAGAAACUACGGGACAAUGGAUCCAGAUCAUCUCUUUGAUGCUUACUGUUAUGUGGAGGAAACUGAGGGGGAGGUGUUUCAUGACUCCAUCCCACAGCAGUUGUCAUUUGAUGAAGCACAGUCACACUGCAGAGCAACAGGAGCAGAGUUGGCUACAACAGCCCAGCUGUACAUGGCAUGGCAUGAAGGUCUGGAUCGUUGCAGCCCUGGCUGGCUGGCUGAUGGCAGUGUACGCUACCCCAUCAUGACCCCCAGAGAGCGCUGCGGAGGGCCUCAACCAGGUGUCAAAACCCUCUACCGCUUCAGCAACCAAACUGGCUUCCCACAGCCAUCCAGUCUUCAUGACGUGUAUUGUUUCAGACGUUAUAGAAAUACUCCCACCGACUCUCCCAUGGACAAUGUGGCCACAGAGCCUGAGGACAUUGGACAAGAUGUUAUUGUUCUCAUGGAAACAGAUCAAGAGCUGCAACUCAACCAACACGUAGAACAGGUGGAGCUCAAAGCUGAAAAAAAAGUAAAUGUUGCCCAAACUCUUGGAGAAGAAGUGAGUAUCACCCCAACCCUCGAAGAAGAAGAGAACGUCACCCCAACCUUUGAGGAGGACUUUACCGUCUUUCCACUCGAUUCACAAACAUCCAACUGGGCUCUGCUGACCACCACAACAGGACCUCAAGAGUCUCUGAACGAUCUAGAGUACAGCAUAAAAAACUCCCCUACCACCUCCAAUGCAGCUCUACAGUCCUCCUUGAGUACCAAGCCCACUGCUGCUAACACAAAGACCACCAUCAGGUCCAACACACACUGGUCCAGACGCACUUGGAGCCCUACCACCUCAGCACCAGAUGUGUUCCACAAGACGGCUGAGCCCCGGAAGGUGUCAACCUUCAUACCACCAGUGGAUCAGGGUCUGGUGGAUGUUGAGUUUAGUCUCACCCAGCCGCCCACCCUUCUUAUCUUGCCCAAUCAGAGGGCAGCUGUAGGCGGCACAGGGAAAGCUUCAGUUGUCCUCUGUUUUGUUCCAGAUGCCUGUGUGAACGACCCCUGUCUCAAUGGAGGCACCUGCACUGACUGGGACGGGCAGAUUCAAUGUCUCUGUUUGCCAUCAUAUGGAGGAGGCUUCUGUCAGACCGACCUGGAGAGAUGUGAACCCGGCUGGGAUAAGUUCCACGGUUUCUGCUACCGACACUUCAGCCAGCGUCUGAGCUGGGAGGUCGCAGAGCAGCACUGUCGCAUGCUGGGAGCUCAUCUGGUGUCCAUCAUAACCCCAGAGGAACAGACGUACAUCAACAACAACUACAAAGAAUACCAGUGGACCGGUUUGAAUGAUAAGACCAUUGAGGAUGAUUUCCGCUGGUCUGAUGGCAACCCGAUGCUCUAUGAGAACUGGUACAAAGGGCAGCCAGACAGCUAUUUCCUGUCUGGUGAAGACUGCGUGGUGAUGGUGUGGCACGAUGAGGGACGAUGGAGUGACGUACCCUGCAACUACCACCUUGCAUAUACCUGCAAAAAAGGCACCUCCUCAUGUGGUCCACCACCCAAGGUCCGAAACACCUCCAUCUUUGGAAAAGGUCGACAGAGAUACGAGACCAAGGCAGUUGUGCGUUAUCACUGCGCCCCUGGUUUCCAGCAGAGAUUAACUCCUCUGAUCAGGUGUCUGUCUGGAGGCAGGUGGGAGAGGCCCCAGGUCCUGUGCAUCCCUGAGGCCGGAGGCCCAACCCAACACCCUGAAGUGACGUCACAGACCAACGACAAGUCUGCUGCCAUUGAAGACGAGUUUGAAGCCACUAAAGAGACACCACAGUACUGGGACAUCAAGUUUUAA